CCGGGCUCCCCGGCCAUGUCUCCCGCCCGGCUCCGGCCCCGACUGCGGUUCUGCCUGCUCCUGCUGCUGCUGCUGGUGCCGGCGGCGCGGGGCUGCGGGCCGGGCCGGGUGGUGGGCAGCCGCCGUCGGCCGCCGCGCAAGCUCGUGCCGCUCGCGUAUAAGCAGUUCAGCCCCAACGUGCCCGAGAAGACCCUGGGCGCCAGCGGGCGUUACGAAGGCAAGAUCGCGCGCAGCUCGGAGCGCUUCAAGGAGCUCACCCCCAACUACAAUCCCGACAUCAUCUUCAAGGACGAGGAGAACACAGGCGCCGACCGCCUCAUGACCCAGCGCUGCAAGGACCGCCUGAACUCGCUGGCCAUCUCGGUGAUGAACCAGUGGCCCGGGGUGAAGCUGCGGGUGACCGAGGGCUGGGAUGAAGAUGGUCACCACUCGGAGGAGUCGCUGCAUUAUGAAGGCCGCGCGGUGGACAUCACCACGUCGGACCGCGACCGCAAUAAGUACGGACUGCUGGCGCGCUUGGCAGUGGAGGCUGGCUUCGACUGGGUGUAUUACGAGUCCAAGGCGCACGUGCAUUGCUCCGUCAAGUCCGAGCACUCGGCCGCGGCCAAGACAGGCGGCUGCUUCCCUGCUGGAGCCCAGGUGCGCCUGGAGAGUGGGGCACGUGUGGCCUUGUCAGCCGUGAGGCCAGGAGACCGAGUGCUGGCCAUGGGGGAGGAUGGGAGCCCCACCUUCAGCGACGUACUCAUUUUCCUCGAUCGCGAACCAGACAGGCUGAGGGCCUUCCAGGUCAUCGAGACCCAGGACCCCCCGCGCCGACUGGCACUCACACCCGCCCACCUGCUCUUCACGGCCAACAAUCACACAGAGCCAGCCACCCACUUCCGGGCCACGUUUGCCAGCCAAGUGCAGCCCGGCCAGUAUGUGCUGGUGGCGGGGGUCCCAGGCCUGCAGGCUGCCCGAGUGGCAGCCGUCUCCACACACGUGGCCCUUGGGGCCUACGCCCCAUUAACGAGGCAUGGGACACUGGUGGUGGAGGACGUGGUGGCCUCUUGCUUCGCGGCCGUGGCUGACCACCAGCUGGCUCAGUUGGCCUUUUGGCCCCUGCGACUGUUUCACAGCUUGGCGUGGGGCAGCUGGACCCCAGGGGAGGGUGUGCACUGGUACCCCCAGCUGCUCUACCGCCUGGGACGUCUCUUGCUGGAAGAGGGCAGCUUCCACUCACUGGGCAUGGCUGGGGCAGGGAGCUGAAAGGAUCCCUCUACUGCCCUCCCAGAACUGCCCAAAUGGGUCCAAAGGCCUACCUGCCAGGAGGGCGCUGGCCCUGGAAGGGGCCUGAGCGGGGACACUGGUUUCUACCAUCUCCUCCACCACAGGUGUACAUCACUGAGACUUGGGCAAUGCCAGCGUCCUCCACCCCCAUCCUGGUGUAGUGACAAAGC